UCACUUGGUGACUUGUGACUAUAAGUAUAAUCGUGUGUUUAAAUUUUAAUAUUUUAAUCCAAAUAUUGUUAUACUGUCUUUGUGUCUCACACUGCUAGUUUUUACAGUGUUCUCAUUGUUCUGUUUUAUUUUGUGAUGUUUGUCACGGAAAAUAGACCCUAUUACAGCAGUGUGGUAAUAGCUCAACGAUUUCGUGUUUAAAAUGAUCGCAAGGAGUAGGAUUUCCAUCUUCGUGCAGCCCUGGAGGCAUGAGAACUCGUUGGUUCACUUUUCUAGAUUAAGUUUCCCCGUUACGGGACGGCGGUAUCUGACGCAGAAACAGAUGCGGAGUCCCAAAUAUCGGACCAAAGUGGCGACGGAGAGCGCUGUACGCGACAUCACACUGGCAGAGAAUCUCUCCGAGGAUAUGGCCGAUUUCACCACGGGGUUGUGCCCACGAUGCCUAAUUUCACGCUGUGGUACAAAAUGUUUACGGAGGUUACCCGCGGCGCCGAUGUCUAUGUUGGCGUGGAAGGUGCGUGUGAGAAUGGGAUACCUUCAUAAAAACCUACCAGUUGCCCGAAACCAGACGCCGCGACGCCAUAUUCGGCAGUCUGAUGAGCCUGGCCACCAGCUACAAAUACCAGAAGCUGGGGAAUUCCAUCCGGGAUUAUUUUCUCAAAACCAACACGCCCAUGCCGAUUGUGAUUGCCGCCAAGUAUGUCCAACUGUGUGGACGACUGGAGGGCCCGGAGCGGGAGGAGAAGGUGUUGCAGGCUUAUGCGGAGCUGAAGAAGCUGAGUCGGCUGGGGAUUUUCGAUGCGACCACGGCGCAGACGGUGAUUGAUGCGCUGUACCGGACCAGCCAGUGGAAAGAGUGUAUUCGCCUCCGGGAGAUAAUCCAGGUUUUAGACGCAGUGGGCCCGACUGUCAACGGGAAGAUUGUCGCCGGGGCGUUCCUCCAUGAUGAUCCGGACACAGCCGGGGAAUUUCUGCGAGUCAUACAGACGGCGAAGCAAGCCCUGAUACCUGUUGCUCUGAUUGCCUGGUAUGAUUAUGCGUGCCGCAUCGGGCAGGUAGAAGUGAUGAAGAUGCUAGAGCACACGCGUAACGCCGAGUGGUUCAUUCCGCUGGAAGUGGCUAAUAAAUUGAAGGCCAGGAUGGAAUCGCAGGCGGACGAAGAUGGGUACAGAUGGCGAGGACGUUUUACGACCAUUUCUAUGAAAGGCGAAUGCAAAGCGUGUGGAGCCUAUCUGGAACCGAUUACCAUCACCAAGGAAGAGUUUCUAAAGUUGCGGGAUAACUUUUUUCGGCUGGUCGUGGAAACAUCCGACGUCUUCUUACGCAGUAAUCCGAAGGAAGUGGCUGAGUUUCGGGAGUUUGUGGAGAUAAAUGCCCCCUUUGAUCUGGUUAUCGAUGGACUGAACGCGGCCUAUUUUCAACACGAAGCGCAGAGGGUCACCUCCAGGAAGUUAGCCGAAAGACUUCGCAUGGUCGUGGAGUAUGUAACGACGAGGAAUGUUGGCCCGAAGAAAGUGCUGGUGUUGGGUCGGAAACACAUGCGCAGUUGGCCCAUUGAUGAGAUGCGCAGAAUUUCACGGGCGGCGAAGCUGUUCUACGCGGAAAACAUAUCACAGGAUGAUCCGUUUCUGUUGUACGCCGCGCUGUUCAGUGGACCGCAGUGUGAUUUCAUGUCCAGUGAUCUGAUGCGGGAUCAUCGUUUCAAGCUGGAAUCCAAGGAAAACCAAGAUGCUUUACAGAAGGUGUUCCUGAAAUGGCAGCGAACACAUCAACUGCAGAUUCUCAAAGUUUUCCCAGAUGGUACAGUUAAACUCAAGCCUCCGAUGCGGUUUGAUACCGUCGCGCAGUGGACGAAGGAUUCCAUGCAUAUACCGUACGAGAGCGGUGUUCCGCGAGGUCUGCAUGAAAUCCCGACGAAUUGGCUGUGUCUGACGAAAGGUUCCGCCGACACUACGCGGAUAUAGGGGAAGCUUAAAGAAAAUCUUGAAGAAAAUGUUUUGUCUCAACCUGUGAUGAUGCAGAAGCUGUUGCUGUUGUGGUACUUAAAUUAACCGAUUUAUACCCAUUGUUUUCUGUAUAUGUUAACUUUAUGAUGCUGAAUGCAAAAUUUCUGCCAUAAAUGCGCUCUUCAGAAAAUAAAUUCAA